AUGGGACGAAUUCCGUCGCUCUCGCUCCCAUCCAGCGAUAUCCUCUCCCUCACUACCUCCCGUAACCUCUCCAACCCACCUCACAAUCACUCCGUCCCAUCCACCCCGCCAUCUCCUCUCCCUUACCUUCCCGCCGUCGCCUCUCCCGUCUCCCCGCCGUCUCCUCUCCCUCCUCCCUGCCGUCGCCACUCCCUCCUCCCCGCGGUCGUCACUCCCUCCUCCCCGCGGUCGCCACUCCCUCCUCCCCGCGGUCGCCACUCCCUCCUCCCCGCGGUCGCCACUCCCUCCUCCCCGCGGUCGCCUCUCCCUCCUCCCCGCGGUCGCCACUCCCUCCUCCCCGCCGUCGCCUCUCCCUCCUCCCCGCCGUCGCCACUCCCUCCUCCCCGCGGUCGCCACUCCCUCCUCCCCGCGGUCGCCCCUCCCUCCUCCCCGCGGUCGCCUCUCCCUCCUCCCCGCGGUCGCCACUCCCUCCUCCCCGCGGUCGCCACUCCCUCCUCCCCGCGGUCGCCACUCCCUCCUCCCCGCGGUCGCCACUCCCUCCUCCCCGCGGUCGCCUCUCCCUCCUCCCCGCGGUCGCCACUCCCUCCUCCCCGCCGUCGCCUCUCCCUCCUCCCCGCCGUCGCCACUCCCUCCUCCCCGCGGUCGCCACUCCCUCCUCCCCGCGGUCGCCACUCCCUCCUCCCCGCGGUCGCCACUCCCUCCUCCCCGCGGUCGCCUCUCCCUCCUCCCCGCGGUCGCCACUCCCUCCUCCCCGCCGUCGCCUCUCCCUCCUCCCCGCCGUCGCCACUCCCUCCUCCCCGCGGUCGCCACUCCCUCCUCCCCGCGGUCGCCACUCCCUCCUCCCCGCGGUCGCCACUCCCUCCUCCCCGCGGUCGCCACUCCCUCCACCCCGCGGUCGCCUCUCCCUCCUCUCCGCGGUCGCCACUCCCUCCUCCCCGCCGUCGCCUCUCCCUCCUCCCCGCCGUCGCCUCUCCCUCCUCCCCGCCGUCGCCUCUCCCUCCUCCCCGCCGUCGCCACUCCCUCCUCCCCGCGGUCGCCACUCCCUCCUCCCCGCGGUCGCCACUCCCUCCUCCCCGCGGUCGCCACUCCCUCCUCCCCGCCGUCGCCUCUCCCUCCUCCCCGCCGUCGCCUCUCCCUCCUCCCCGCCGUCGCCACUCCCUCCUCCCCGCGGUCGCCACUCCCUCCUCCCCGCGGUGGCCUCUCCCUCCUCCCCGCCGUCGCCUCCGGCGACAAAUGCACGAGCGCAAGCGCGAGUUGGUGCGCGAGGGCGGGUCGGUGCGCGAGCUCGGGUGGGUGCGCGAGCGCGGUUUGGUGCGCGAGCGCGGGUUGGUGCGCCAGCGCAGGUUGAUUUCUGAGGCAUUGUGA